AUGGGCACCAGGGCAGGAGUCAUGCCCCCUUCUGUGUGGGAGCUGCUGGGUUGCUGCUUCCUCUGCAGCUGGGCUCUAGAGGGUCCACAGCCCCUCCUCUCUCUGCCCCCGCUGUCCUCCCAAGCUCAGCCAGGAUCUGUGCCCAAGUGGGUGCCCUCGGAGGGGGCAGAGGCUGCCCUGGUUUUUCUCUAUUCUGGAGAUGCCAAGCAGCUGUUGGGGGCUAACUGCAGUGAGCGCUAUGAAGCCCCUGGGGCAGGAGCCAAAGCAGGGCCCCCUCCAGUCUUACAGAGGGCAGCAGGCACCCUUGCCCAGGCCGCCAAUUUCCUCAACAUGCUGCUGCAAGCCAACGACAUCCGUGAGUCCAGUGUGGAGGAGGAUGUGGAGUGGUACCAGGCACUGGUUCGCAGCGUAGCCGAGGGGGACCCAAGAGCAUACCGGGCUUUGCUGACCUUCAGCCCCCCACCAGGGGCCAGCCACCUCCAGCUGGCCCUGCAGGCCACCCGGAUGGAGGAGGAGACCAUCCUUCAAGACUUAUCUGGGAGCAGGGUGCUGGAGGAGAGCCUGGCCAGGGACCUGGACACCCCUGCCCUGCAGAAGCGAGUGUUGACCAAUGACCUAGGCAGCCUUGGUAGCCCCAAGUGGCCACGGGGGGAUGGCUAUGUGGGGGACAUGCAGCAUGUGAGGCUGUCUCCUCCCUUCCUGGAAUGCCAGCAGGGUCGGCUCCGUCCUGGCUGGCUUAUCACACUCUCAGCCACCUUCUACGGACUCAAGCCAGACCUCAGCCCGGAAGUCAGGGGUCAGGUGCAGAUGGACGUGGAUCUUCAGAGCGUGGACAUCAAUCAGUGUGCCGGUGGCCCAGGCUGGUACUCUAACACACACCUGUGUGAUCUCAACAGCACCCAGUGUGUCCCCCUGGAGAGUCAGGGCUUUGUUCUUGGCCGCUACUUCUGCCGCUGCCGGCCUGGCUUCUUCAGGGCAAGCCGCUCUGGGGGGUUAGAGGAGAGUGCCACCCAGCCUACUGGGCAAUUUGGGUCUCCACAAGGCAGCUCCGGGAGGCUGCUUCGGUGCCAGCCAUGUCCUGAGGACUGCACCAGCUGCAUAGAUGCCACACCGUGCCUGGUGGAGGAGGCCCUGAGACUGCGAGCAGCAGUGCUGGCGUGCCAGGCCUGCUGCAUGCUGGCUGUCUUCCUGAGCAUGCUGGUCUCCUACCGCUGCCGCCGGAGCAAGAAGAUCCGGGCGUCUGGGGUUAUCCUGCUGGAAACCAUCCUUUCUGGAUCCCUACUACUCUACUUCCCUGUCUUCAUCCUAUACUUCAAGCCCAGUGUAUUCCGCUGCAUCGCUCUCCGCUGGGUCCGGCUGCUGGGUUUUGUCAUCGUCUACGGCACCAUUAUACUCAAGCUUUAUAGAGUGCUCCAGCUGUUUCUGUCUCGAACGGCCCAGCGGGGCCCCCACCUGAGCAGCAGGCAGCUGCUGCGGCGCCUGUGGCUGCUCUUGCUACUUGUGCUGGGCUUCCUGGUGGUGUGGACAGCAGGGGUCCUGGAGCCAGGUGUCCAGCAUUCGCCCCUGGUGACCCAAGGCCACACUCCCACUGGCCGCCACUUCUAUCUAUGUCACUACGAUCGCUGGGACUACGUUAUGGUUGUGGCCGAGAUGCUGCUCCUGUGCUGGGGCAGCUUCCUCUGCUAUACCACCCGGGCAGUGCCCUCGGCCUUCCAUGAGCCACGCUACAUGGGCAUUGCCCUGCACAACGAGCUGCUGCUCUCUGCUGCCUUCCACGCAGCCAGGUUUGUGCUCGUUCCCUCCCUGCACCCGGACUGGACCCUCCUCCUCUUCUUCUUCCACACGCACAGCACAGUCACUGCCACACUGGCGCUGAUCUUUAUCCCCAAGUUCCGGAAGCCGGGGGCCCCUACCCAGGAAGAGAUCGUGGACGCAGUGUACGAGGAUGAGCUAGACCUGCAGCACUCAGGCUCCUACCUCGACAGCAGCAUCGCCUCAGCCUGGAGCGAGCGCAGCCUGGACACUGGUGACAUUCGGGAUGAGCUGAAGAAGCUCUAUGCCCAGCUAGAGGUCCACAAGACCAAGGAAAUGGCUGCCAACAACCCCCACCUGCCCAAGAAGCGGGGCAGCUCACGCCAGGGGUUGGGCCGUUCCUUCAUGAGGUACCUUGCUGAGUUCCCGGAAGCCCUGGCGCGGCAGCACUCCAGGGACUUGGGCUCCCUGGGCCGCAGCAGCCUGCCCGGCUCCUCCCGCCGCCGGCUCCUCAGCUCCAGCCUCCAGGAACCCGAGGGACCACCGGGCCUGUGCAAGUCCCACAGCACCUACGACCACCGCAAGGAGCAGGACCCUCCUCUCCUCGACUCACUGCUCAGGAGGAAGCUGGUGAAGAAGGUCUCGCGGACGGAGAGCCAGGAGUUGGUAGAGGGACUCCCUGUCCUCAGCUUCAGGUCUGCUAGCGCCCACAACCUGACAGUGGGAGAGAGGCUCCCCAGGGCGCGACCUGUCUCCCUGCAUAAGUCGCUCAGUGUGGUGGGUGACUCCAGGGAAAAGGCCCUGCUCGUGGCCAGCCAGGCCUACCUGGAGGAGAUCUAUCAGCAGGCAAAGGAGCGAGAGGAGCAAAAGAAGGCAGGGGUGGCUGUAGCGAGCCCAGUGCAGAGGCCAUCAGCCAAGAGGCUGGAGCGAACUUGGUGUGCCCCCCUGUCAGCCCCACCUUCCCCGGCCAAGAGGAGCAGCGUGGACAGCUCCCACACCUCUAGGCAUCUUCAUGAGGAGGCUGGGAGACAGCUGCCUCGCCCACCCAUCAGGCACCAGGUCUCCACACCCAUCUUGACCCUGUCUGGGGCCUGCCUGGGAGAGCCAAGGAUGCUGUCACCCACUUCUACCUUGGCUCCAGCUCUGAUGCCAGCUCCAGCCCCAACACCAUCCCCUACCCUAGCACCUGUCCCAGCACCCCCUCAAAGCCCCAGCUUGCUCACCUAUAUCUGCCCCUGGGAGAAUGUGGAACUGCCAGUCAGAAAAGAAAAUGUGGCCCAAGAAGGCCCCUUAGGGCCAGAGCGAGGCAGCCACUCCCCUGCAACUGCUCGGGCCAGGAUAUGGAGGGCCCUCUCGGUUGCAGUAGAGAAAAGGGGGGCUGGUGAGAAUGAAAUGAACACAGAGGAUGGGGGUUUCCAGGGGGAAGCUGAGGACGUGGAUGAGGAUAGGCCCAAAACCUUCUCUAAAUCUCACAGCCUCAAGGUCCCUGUUCAGCAGGGUUCCAUGCGCAGUCUGGGACUGGCUAUCAAAGCUCUAACACGUUCUCAGAGCACAUACCGAGAGAAGGAGAGCAGGGAAGAGAGUCCUGAGAGAGGGGAGAAGGGCAGAGCUUCAGGAGAGGGGGUGGGGGCUUCCCCGAGAUCUCCCAGGGUGGGCCGGCCCAAGGUGGUGAGUAAGCAGGCCGCCCUUGCCCCCUGCGAUGAUGAGGAGUCCUUCCAGAAUCAACAGAACGCUCACACCAGCAGAAUGCUCCUAGUCUGUCACCAGGAGGGCAGCAGGGAACAAGACAAAGGCAGGAAGACAGCCCAGGGCCUGGGGGACGGGAAAACUAAGAAAGCAGGUAAAACAGGGCCUGCCACACUGAGACAAGGCAGACAGGGCACAGUUGGGGAAAAAAGUGGUAAGCGAGCAAAAGAAGCCCCUGGGGGGUGGCAGGAACGGCCUAAAGCUAGCCUCCAGCCCCUGGGCAGUGCUGACCACAGAGUGGCCGAGGUAUGUCCCUGGGAAGUUGCCAAGUCAGGAAUGUAUCUGCUUGACAGUAGCAACAAGGUUGAAAUCUGCCCCUGGGAGGUGAGUGAAGGAACCCCUGAGAGGGGAAUACUAAGGCAGGAUCUAGAAGAUAACUCCCAAGAAGACAGGGGGAAAGCCCCAGAAAAACCAGAGCCCAAAGUUGUGGUUGCCAGCACUCAGAAAAAGCCAGAGAGGCUGGUAAGGGGGCAGGAGGCGGUGUGUCCCUGGGAGGGUACUGAUCCUGGGGGACUGUCCUCUCAGCUAGCCCCUCACAACACUGACAGAACCAAGGGCAGGUCUGAGGCAGUGGGCAGUGGGGAGGCUAGGGAGGUGGCUAUGUGUUGGUGGGAAGCCACUGGCCCAGAUGCUUAUAAAGCUGAAACGGCCAAGACAGAGCUCUGUCCCUGGGAAGCAAGUGAAGGAAGAGAGAGUGGGAAGCCAGCCCAGGAGGUAGUGAAGGAGCUCCCCAAGGAAAAGCAGAAAACCCCCGAGAAAGCAACCUUUUGGAAAGAACAGAAGCUAGGUGGAGACUGGGAGUCUCUCUGUCCAUGGGAGAGUACAGAGUUUUUGGGUCCCUCAGCAGUCUCGACUCAGGUGUCAGAAACCCCAGAGUGCUCAGGGAGUUUGGGCAGUAGUGUCACUGAGGUGUGUCCACGGGAGGCAGGAGAUGCUCCUGCUACCAGGAAAGCCGAGAUCUGUCCCUGGGAGCUGGACGCUGGCAUAAUGGAGAAAGAAACAGCAAAUCAGGGGACAGGUGGAGAAUCUCUCCAGAAAAAGGGAAAAGCUUCCAGAAAAGAGAGCUCUGGAGAGAUGGAAGAACAAGCUGUGAAAACACUGGAGACAUUAAGUCAACAGCAGGAGUCAGUCCGUGCCUGGGAGAGCACAGCCCUGGAGCACUCCAGCCCACGUGCAGACAAUUCCUCACCCAAAGCUAGGGGCCAACGCCUCAACACUGAAGGAAGCAGAGUGAUGCAGGUGUGUCCCCGGGAAGAUAGCAAGCCAGAGAUAAAGGAAGCAAUACCUGCCAAAGCAGAAAUUUGUCCCUGGGAUGUAAAUGACAGAACAGAGGACUGGACAUCGGGACAAGCUCCAAAAGGAGGUGAAUCUCAAAAGGAUCGGGAGAAAAUGCCUGGACAACCAGGAAUCAAAGAAGCAGAUGUCACAGCUUGGGAAAAGCCCGAGGGGCAGACCCCACAGCAGGAAGCAGUGUGUCCCCAGGAGAGGGUGGACCCUGGCAGUCUCUCCCCACAGUUAGUCUCUCAAGACACAGACAAACCCAAAGCCAGUUUCCAGAUGUCAGGCAGUAUGGAAAGCAAAACUGUGGAGAUCUGCCCGUGGGACGUGGAGGAGACCCUGACUGCAGAGAAGGCAAACAUCUGUCCCUGGGAGGUAAGUGCUAGAGCAGUGCAGGAAAGGGCUCUGGGAGAGGAGGCCAUUAGGAACUUUGCAAAUGAUACAGGAAAAGCUUCCACAGAUUCUGGGCCCAGUGAGAGAGCUGUUACUACUCCAAAGAAGCCAGAGAGGCCGGCUGGAGAGCAGGAGGUGGCUUGUCCCUGGGAAGGCUUGGAUCCAGGGGGCUCCCCUCAGCAUUCACAUGCUCUGGACUCUGAUACAUCAAAAGCUGGACCCCAGGACCUGGACAGUGUUGGGUGUAGGCCAGCUGAGGUAUGUUCCUGGGAAGGGGAGGAAGCACCUACCAGUGACAACGCUGAGAUAUGUCCCUGGGAAGUGAACGAAGGAGCGACUGAGAAGGGACUGGAACAGGAGCUGGGGAGUAAGUCAGCAGGGCAAAGGAAGAAAACUCUAGAAAAAGGGAGACUUACCUCCCUGGGAGAAGACAUAUCAAAACUGAGUCAGGAGCAGGAACCUGUUUGUCCUUGGGAGAACACAGACUUGCGGGGACCUUCUGCUCAGGCCCCCGAAGUCUCAGGCUUAUCACACAGCAUGAGUAGCAAUGUGGCAGAGGGACAUUCCUUAGAAGUGAGUGAUGAGGCAGUAGAACAAGAAGGCCUGAGGCAAGACCUAAAGAGGGGCUCCCUUCUGGAACACAUGCUACCCCAAGAAAAAGUUGCAUGUUCAAAAGCAGAAUUCACUAUUGAAGAUGGGGAAAGCACAAACAAGGAGCUGCAAUCUGUCUGUCCAUGGGAAAGCUUGGCCCCGAGGGACUUCUUCUCCCACCCAGACACACAGCACACGGACCAACAGAAAGCCGGCUCCCAUGGGUGGGUCAGUGUUGGGGGCAGGGUCGCUGAGGUGUGCCCAUGGGAUGCUCCUGAGCCAGAUGCUUAUCAACCUGACAGCAGCGCCAAGGACGAGAUCUGUCCCUGGGAGGGGAGUGAAGGAAUUCCUGAGAAAGAGGUGUCAAGACAGGAUGGAAAAGGGGAACCUCAAGAGGAGAAGGGGAAAGCCCCAGAAAAAUCAGAGCCCAAAGAUAUGGCAGUUCAGAAAAAGCCAGAGAAAGCUGACAGGAAGCAGGAGGCUGUGUGUCCCUGGGAGGAUCAAGAUUGUGGGGGUCCGUCUCCACAACCAGCCCCACAAGCUUUUGAGAGAAGCAAAGGCAGUGCUGAGGCAGCAGGCGGUAUGGAGGCCAGGGUAGCAGAUGUUUCUCUGUGGGAAGCAGAAGAGGCUCCCUCUGCCAAGAAAGCAGAGAUCUGCCCCUGGGAGAUGAGUAAAGGAGCAGCAGAGAAAGAAGGACUGCAACAGGAGGCGGACAGAGGCUCACAAGGGCAAGGAGAGAUAUUCUUUCAAAAGGCAGGGUCUGGAGGGACUGAAGAACACUUUUUGAAAGCAGCAGCAAAACACAGCAGAGAGCAGGAGAUAGUUUGCCCAUGGGAAGGCACAGAUUCAGGGAGGCUCUUCCUCCAGCCAGAUGCCCUGGACACUGACCAACCCAAAGUUAAUCCCCAUGGAGCAAGCAGUCUGGGGAGCAGGACAGGAGAGCUGUGUCGAUGGGAAGUCACAGAUCCAGAAGGAAACACAAUAAGGGGCACAAUGGCAGAAAUUUAUCCCUGGGAGGGAACUGGAAUCUCAUCUAAGGAAUCUGGCCUCUUGGCUCUAACAGCAACUCAGACAGAAAUGUUCAUCCCCACAGCCCACAAGAAAACAUCAUGCCUUUCAGUCUACAGACCUCUGGGAAGCUUCCUUUCAGAAAGCAAAAGCCCCCACCCUCAAGUGAGCCAGCCAGAUAGUACUUUUACCCUGGAAGGUGGCAGGGAAUCCCAGGGACCUUCAGGGCUGGGACCAGGAACCAGCUUAGCUCCAGAGCCAAGUCUCCAAGAAGCCGAAGCUCAGAAGUCUUCCUCCAUAACUGAAGACCAAGAAGAAGCAAUCUCUAAAACUCAAAAUGAAGAACUCACCCUUCCAAAUGUCUAUCCUUGGGACCGGGAGUAACAACUUCAUCAGGUGAGGUCAAACAAAGAGCUAGUUUUCAGGAAUCAAGGUCCUUUCCAAGUCCUAGAAGUUCCCAAAGAGUCGAAUCAAAAACAC